CACCAACCCAGUCUCCCCAUCAAGCAGCCCGGGUAUCUCUGGUUCACCUAGAACCUCAGCAGGAGCAAAUAACCGAGGAUGAAGCUGUCCAUUGGAAUCAUUCUCUGCUUCCUUUUCCUGGGAGAUCAGAGCGAGGGAUUUUUAUCAUUCAUCAAGGAAGCUGGUCAAGGGACUAGAGACAUGUGGCGAGCUUACUCUGACAUGAAAGAAGCCAACUGGAUAGGGGCAGAUAAAUACUUCCACGCCCGGGGAAACUAUGAUGCAGCCCAAAGAGGACCUGGGGGCGUCUGGGCUGCUAAAGUGAUCAGUGAUGCCAGAGAGAAUUUUCAGAGAUUGACAGGCCGUGGAGCAGAGGAUUGGAGGGCUGACCAAUUUGCCAAUGAAUGGGGCCGGAGUGGCAAGGACCCCAAUCACUUCAGACCUGAUGGCUUGCCCAGUAAAUACUGAGUAUUCUACUCAUUGGGU